CAUGAAGUUGAGACGGAACACGCCGAACGCAUGAAGUUGGAGCAGACGCUUCUCGAGGUGACCGCCGAAAUGGAUGCCGCUCGUCUGCGCUUCGAGGACUCCACCAAUGCACAGGCUCGCCAGCUGAAGGAGCUCACUCGGCAGACGGAAAGUCUGCAGACGGAACUCGCCGACCGUGACAAAGCUCUCACUUGCCUACAACAACUCCGCAACGGCCAGUCGCGCUGCGCCACGGGUCUGGUCGUCGGUGAGUCCCUUGCGACGACUAUACAGGGUUUACUUUGGUUACAAUUAAAGGCAACAGUAGUUUAA